AUGCAGGAGCUCACAGGAUGGCAGGGAAGCAGGAGCGGCGCCGGCUCGGGGCUACUGCGCGAACCAGCACCCGUCGGUGCCCUCUCACACCCACCCCUCGUGCCUAGCAACCAGAAGAGUCCCUACGGGCUGCGUCCAGACCGCAUGUCGGGCCUCCCCAUGUCCGUCCUCAAGAGGCAGUGA